AUGUCAACAGAGGAAUUGUUGGUGCUAAAAUUCAUACGUAAAUUACAAGACCCUGUACCUCAAUAUGUAUUGGGUUGCCUACCGGCUAUAGCAACAAUCGGAGCUGCGCCAUGGGAUGAUUUUACGGACAAAUUAUUAUGGUUAACGCGAUGUCUUGGUUGUCCCUUUACGGGAUUAUUUUACACCUGUUGCAUAAAGCAUGAUGUGACAUCAUUAUGUAUUUAUUGGCUCCCAUCAGAUAGGUUUAGACAUAAUGGGGAUGAAAUUCAAUAUAGACCUUUCGGGAUUUAUGCUAUGGAUGCGGGCCAGGUGGAAUUUUUGAAUGAAUGUGUCGCCAAAUCAUCCGUUUUAGAAAGGAUGGCGUCGUUGGCAUCGUUAUACUAUAUAAUUGUUGGCAUCGUUUCGGGAAUUGUUAGGGCGACUGGACCGACUGUCUGUGAUGAGGAUUGGCCAAGUAUACCGUUAGCAUUAUGUUGGACAUUACCAGCAAUAUUUAGGAGAACUAUUCGUAAAAAUCUAGUAGUUAAGGAUCCUAAUAAAGUAUUGACAAUCGAGAUCGUGAUAUCCUUAAGCAAUUUCAAAGAAGAGCAUAUUAAGUCGAAUCUACUUGCGCGCGUUGCAUUCACUGCUCUAAUGUCAAUAGUAGUUCCUUGGUCGUCAGUAUUCCUAGCCUAUUUCACACCCCCAUUAUUUACCGAUAUCACAGGCAGGGAUCACGGGGGAGCCGUGAUUUUAGAUGAUAUCUCUGAUGUCGCG